UGUGCUGAGUUGCUCAUGGGCAGAGAGAGAGAGGGAGAGAAAGAUAAAGCAGACGGUUGAUAUACAGAGUGACAGUUCAGGAAAGUCACACUGUGAACCAUGGCUCUGCAUGGCAGAGCACUGCCACUUCUGGCUUUGCUGCUGUUGCUGACAGAGUCACAGGCUCAGACAUCUUAUGCCUGUGGGCGGGCGCCUCUCAGUUCCAGGAUCGUUGGGGGUGAGUCGGCCCUGUCAGGGUACUGGCCCUGGCAAGCCAGCCUGCACCGGAAUGGGGCCCACACAUGUGGGGGGACUCUGAUCAACACCCAGUGGGUGCUGACGGCUGCUCACUGCUUCAGGAGCUACCCGAUAGCGAGUCAGUGGACAGUGUACCUGGGCCGUCUGACACAGGUGGGCUCCAACCCCAACGAAGUGUCCAGGUCGGUCCAACAGAUCUUCGUGCAUCCAGGCUAUGACUCCAUCACCCAAAACAACGACAUCACCCUGCUGAGGCUGAGCAGUUCUGUCUCCUUCAACAACUACAUCCAGCCCGUCUGUCUGGCCGACAGCAGCAGCUCCUUCUACACUGGGACCAGCUGCUGGGUCACUGGCUGGGGCUACACAGCUGAGGGGGUGUCUCUGUCAGGGAACCAGACCUUGCAGGAGGUCCAGCUGCCCAUCAUUGGGAACAGGCAGUGUGGGUGUCUGAGUGAUGUGGUCUUUGGAGCGAACAGCAUCACAGCCAACAUGAUCUGUGCGGGAGUGCUGCAGGGGGGCAAGGACUCCUGCCAGGGGGACUCAGGAGGUCCUGUUGUCUGCAAGCAGGGCUCUGCCUGGGUUCAGGCUGGUAUUGUGAGUUUCGGUUAUGGCUGUGCCCGGCCCAGUCUCCCAGGGGUGUACACCAGGGUGUCCCAGUACCAGGGCUGGAUUAACGGACAAGUGGGGUCGGGAGCCACAGGCUUUGUGACCUUCACCUCCAGUGGCACAGACGCUGACAGCAGCUUUACUUGUGGUUCCUCUAAUGCUGUCAGGGCCCAGAGUGUGGGAGAGCACCCCUGAGUACCAGGAUUGUGGGGGGUGACUCUGCCCCAAAGGGGUACUGGCCCUGGCAGGUCAGCCUACAUUACUAUGGGCGUCACAGGUGUGGAGGAUCCCUGA